UUAUAUAUUUGCUCAAACAAUCAUAUAAUUUGCGUGUUCUAUGAUUCUAUCCGGUGAGGCAAGAGCAAGGAAGGUCAUGCCAUUAUGGGCUAGUAAUAUCUUCUGACUUCAGAGUUUGCCAUACUUUAUUUUCUUAUGUCACACUCAAUGUCUCUUCCUUCUAUAUUUUACUAGCCAGCUAGGUGACAACCUGUCCUUCCCUCAGUAUGUGAUGUGUGUGUGUGUGUGUGUGUGUAGAGAGAGAGAGAGAGAGUUUUUUUUUUUUUUUUGAGCAAAGAGAGAGAGUUGUUACUCAAAAUCGAUGAAUUAUGUACACCAUGUUCAGAAACUCGUUGAAAAUAGGAAUUCGCAACUUUCAAGAUAUAGUCGCUCUCAUAUUGCUUUGGUUAAAAAAUCAAAGCUGCACACACUAAUUAAUCACUGCCAGGGAAACAUGCAAAAUUUCAUUUGAAUUCUGGUUUUAUGAAGGGUAAAGUUUAUAAAGAAGUUUGAUUAACCUAUUUAACAGAAAGAUAAGCACUUUGCAGACUAAGAAUAGCCUUUGCUUUCGUGUUGUACCUCCAAAAAGUUUGUGAGUUCCCUGAGUGUGUUGUUUGCUUUUGAUAAGACGAACCAUUGGACUCGCAUGUAAAUGAAAAAUGGCCUCCCUUACCUUUAUGAUUCUACAGUUACUUUUGAUGCCCCAGGAAAAGUCAACCCCCACAAUUUGAUGAAACAUUAGCAAGCCAGAAGGAAAUUGAUGAUUGGCUUCCAGUUACGUCUUCGAGAAAUGCGAAAUGGUACUACUCAACUUUUCACAACGUUACGACCAUAGUUGGAGCUGGUGUACUCAGUUUCCCUUAUGGCAUGGCCCAACUAGGAUGGGGUCCUGGUGUGACUGUACUAGUCCUCUCAUGGAUCAUUACACUAUAUACUCUCUGGCAAAUGGUGGAGAUGCAUGAAAUGGUUCCGGGAAGACGUUUUGACAGAUACCAUGAACUGGGUCAGUAUGCUUUUGGUGAAAAGCUGGGCCUAUUUAUUGUGGUGCCCCAGCAACUUCUCGUUGAAGUUGGUGUAAGCAUUGUCUACAUGGUUACUGGAGGACUGUCAUUGCAGAAGUUCCACCGCACCGUCUGUCCUGGCUGUGAUGAGAUCAAAGUGUCCUAUUUCAUUAUGAUUUUCGCCUCUGCUCAAUUUGUAUUAUCCCAUCUCCCCAACUUCAAUGCUAUUUCUGGUGUAUCUUUGGCAGCUGCAAUCAUGUCCUUGAGUUGUUGUACAAUUGCCUGGGCAGCGUGUUUAAAACACGGUAUUGUAGACAAUGUAGAUUAUAAGUAUAGAUCAGAUCUUAGUAAUGCAGGGAAUGUGUUAAACUUCUUUAAUGCCCUUGGCACUGUGGCUUUUGGCUUUGCUGGACACAAUGUGGUUCUGGAAAUCCAAGCAACAAUCCCAUCUACACCAGAGAAUCCAUCCAAGGGUCCUAUGUGGAGAGGAGUCAUUGUGGCCUAUAUAAUCGUGGCUGUGUGCUAUUUCCCAGUUGCUCUAAUUGGUUAUUGGGUUUUUGGAAAUCAGGUUGGCGACGAAAAUAUUCUCAUUGAAUUAAAGACACCAGAAUGGCUCAUUGCCAUGGCUAACAUGUUUGUCGUUAUCCAUUUAAUUGGAAGCUAUCAGAUUUUUGCAAUGGCAGUGUUUGACAUGAUUGAAACGGUGUUGGUGAGGAAACUGAGAUUCAGACCUACUAAAUUUCUUCGUUUUGUUGUGCGUAAUGUAUAUGUGGCCUACACAAUGUUUAUUGCUAUCACCUUCCCAUUCUUCAAUGGUCUCCUAGGGUUUUUCGGAGGAUUUGCUUUUGCCCCAACAACUUACUUUCUGCCUUGCAUAAUAUGGCUUACAAUCCGGAACCCAAAGAGAUUUAGCUUGUCUUGGUGGACUAACUGGAUUUGCAUUUCGCUUGGAGUGAGCUUAAUGAUCGUCGCACCAAUUGGAGGACUGAGGGCAAUCAUAACUGAAGCCAAGACGUACCACUUUUACUCUUAAGUUAACAUUCACACUCUCUGGUGAAAGAGUGAUGUGUAGCAUAUGCAAAUGAAUCGAAACGAAUGAAGCUGAUGGUCCUGAGGUGGAGCCAAUGACUCGUUUAUUGGGGUUCGCCUGCAAAUCUAUCAACCAGUUGAUGGAAAAGAAAACUAUGGCCAGAGGGAUUCUGUUACACAGAUGUACAUUAUAUUUGUAGCUUUCUAUUACGAGUACAUGUUGGUUGUGUUUCAUCAGGGAAAACUAGAACUUUUAUUCCUUUAAUUAUCACUCCAAUUACGAUUA